AUGAUCGCAUCAGCAGUAUAUACGCUUCUGGGGCUUGCCCCCAUCGUCGCCUCAUCUCCCACUCAACUAACCCUCAGCUCAACUACACCAUACCUUGACCACGCCAAAUCUGCCGUGAAUACGCUGCAGGGAUGGUACAAUCAAACAACCGGGCUGUGGGAUACGACCGGCUGGUGGAAUAGUGCCAUUUGCCUCACCGUGCUGGGCGAUCUCACGGCUUUGGACCCUUCAAUGCUCAACUCGAGCUCGGCAACUUUCAACAAUACAUUCAUCCAAGCCCCAACUUCAACUCUUUCACAUAGUGUUCGCAAACCAACCUCCCAAUAUAAGCGUCAAUUACCCCAGAACGACACCGAAUCUAGUACUGAAUUUCUCAAUGAUUACUACGACGACGAGGGGUGGUGGGCGUUGGCGUGGAUUCAGGCCUACGAUUUAACUCAGGAUCGGCGAUACCUGGAUACCGCAGUGAACAUCUUUGAUGAUAUGGCAGGCGGGUGGGAUACUACAUGCGGUGGGAUCUGGUGGGACAAGGAUCAUACUGGCAACAACGCUAUCGAAAUUGAGCUGUUCCUGAGCGUCGCUGCUCAUCUAGGGCGUCGGGAUACCGACAACGCGUCUUACUAUCGUGACUGGGCAAUGAAAGAAUGGGAUUGGUUCGAGAAUAGUGGUUUGAUCAAUAGCCAAAACACCAUUAAUGAUGGACUGGAUCUGACGACUUGUCACAAUAACAACGGCACCGUUUGGAGCUACAAUCAGGGCGUAGUUCUAGGAGGACUGGUCGAGUUGUCGCAGCUGGUCUCAAACACAUCGUAUCUUACCACGGCGCACCGAAUAGCUGAUGCAGCCAUGCAGGCAUUGGGCGAUGCCAAUGGGAUACUCAAGGAAUCCUGCGAUCCGGACUGCACCGGGGAUGCGCCACAAUUUAAAGGUAUCUUGAUGCGAAACCUUCAGAUGCUGUACCAGGUCAGUCCCGACGACGGGCUGAAGCAAUUUCUGCAGCAAAAUGCCAACAGCAUCUGGCAGAAUGACCGGGGCGAUGAAGAUCAACUCGGCCCCGCCUGGUCAGGGCCUUUCACUGCUGCUGAUGCGUCAACACAGAGUUCUGCCUGUGAAGCUUUAGUGGCGGCGACGGCCAUUCGCUGA